GACACUGGAUACCAACCGCUGUGAAAAUAAUAAUAAUAGCUAAACAAGAAGAAGACGCAGUGGGUUCGGGUUUACUGAAGAGAAAGAACUCAGCACUGUUUCAAAUUCUACAUUUUUAAAAACCUAAUGAAAAUGAAGCUGCUCUUUAUUUCACCCUUAUUGUUCUGCUGUUUACUCGACCAUGGUGCAUCUGGUGUUGAUAUAGAUGCAGUGUUGUUGAUGGAGGGAGAAUCAGUCACUCUACACACUGGUGUUGAAACAAACCCACAAGACAGAUUCAGAUGGUAUUUCAAUGACACUCGCAUCGCUCAAAUCACUGGAGAUCUCAGGAAGAUCUGUACAGAUGUUCAGUGUAAUAAAGGUACUGAGAGAUUCAGAGACAGACUGAAGCUGGACAAUCAGACUGGAUCUCUGACCAUCAUGAACAUCAGAAACACAGAAUCUGGAGUUUAUAAAUUACUGAUAAGUAGCAGCAAUAUCGACAGUGAAAAGAGCUUCAUUGUCAAUGUGCAUGAUGUUCCUGAAGAGAAGAGAAAGUCAGUGAAGGAGGGAGAAUCUGUUACUUUAGAUCCUGAUAUAGAACAAAAACAAAAUGCUUUAAAGAUGUGGUAUUUUAAUGGUAGUCUCAUCAUUGUAAUCACUGAAGAUCAAAAGAAGAUCUGUACAGACGUUCAGUGUAAAGACAGAUUCAGAGACAGACUGAAGCUGGAUCAUCAGACUGGAUCUCUGACCAUCAUGAACAUCACAACCUCUGACUCUGGACUCUAUACACUACAGAUCAACGGCAGCAGAUUUGCCGUCAUAAAGACAUUCAGUGUUACUGUCACUGGUGAGUAUCAUUUUAAUCAUUCAGUGCUUUUUCACUUCAACAGUUUUAGAAAACAUGUUUCUAAAUCGACCCAGAAAAUGUUUUUGUUUGAAGAAGAAAAACGACACAGCACAAUGGUCCCGACCUGGUGA